AUGAAAUCGUUAUACAAAGAUACGAAUAUAUGUGAGGUCUCCUGUGCCGAAACUCUGCUUGCCUUGUUGGAAGCUGCUUUCAGCGUAAUGAAUGAGGAGCGAAAAUCUCAGCACUUUUUGCCAGCUUUGCGCCGCACAUUGAGAAACUUCGCAGUAGCUCAGUCUGAUGUCACGCAACUUCUUCUGAGCAGAUGCACAGAACUCUUGGAAUUAGCCCAACUAAACACACCAGUGGCUCUUCUUCUGUCGCAGUGCCUUUUGGAUAGUUGCAGGGCGAACUCUCAAGGCGAAGCAUGGGCCAGCAUUGUUUUCGAUCUUGCCGUUUUUGGGCCUAUACCAAAAAAGGAGCAUAAGGUGCUUAAUGCUGCAUACGACAUGAUUUAUGAGGAGCGUGUUAACAAUUUUGAUGAUGUACACAGGCCGUUCGAAGUUCUCCAGCGCACGCGACUGAAUGGCAUCUGUCUCGCUCUUCGUCUUGCUAGGGAUAGCUCCAUGUUCGCGAAACAUCUUGCUGAGCACAUUGUUGCUGAGACCAACUCUAUGAAUAAAAGCUUCUUCUCGGACGUGAUUAACGUCGUUUUUUCGAACUGUGUGGAUUGGAUAGUUGAUCCAUGUCAGCAGUUUUCUAUCAAGCUCUUGUUGGAAUGGGUUCUUGUGCGUCUAGCUUCUCGUUCAAUGCAACUGAAACAAAGAGUGAUUGACUUGGAAAGAUCUUUUGCUAACAAACGAAUUGGGAGUGUUUCGUCAUGGAUCAAUAUGAUGGUUCUAAUGUCACGCAUGGAAGGAAAGGAGGCUUUGGUGGCCCCUUACAUAGAACUGAUUUUACCGUGGACAACUGCUCAAAAUUUUGCUGUGCGGUGCACUGCUGUCGCGGCCUUACGGUUACUCUAUAAUAGCCUUCCGAACGAAGAGCUCAUGAAAUGGAGUCUGUUGCGAAGGGUGGUGGAAUUUGAUGGCGAACCUGCUGGCCACUUCGAUAUGCAAACAGUUCUGAAAGAAAUACCGGAAAAGACAGGGAUGCCGGCUGAAGAGACGAUUGGCGUUGAUCUCCUCAAGAAGUUCAAUUCAUCGGAAAUCGCAAGUACUAACGAGGAUUCCCAUUUCAUCUCUGCGCAAUCCUUAGUGUACUCAGCUCUUUCAAAAAGCAACCGAUGCGCCCCUGAAAUGAAUGAGGACGGGCAGGACGUUGAACCGCUGGGAAAUGGAGGGUCAUCCCUUGUUCAACGCAAGCUCGUUACUAAAGACAGAAGUUCAUGCGAGGACUGUAGCCUUGUGGUUGUGGCAUCUCUCGUCGACAAGCCUAACAAUCUAGGAGGAUUAUGCCGCACUUGCGAAAUAUUCGGUGUGGAUCAGUUAGUUAUCGCUGAUCCAGUCUUCUUAUCUGACACUGGUUUCAAAGCUCUGAGCAUGUCAAGCGAAAAGAAACAAAAAAUAGAAUUUGUUCGUCCGGAACGUCUCUUAUUCUAUUUGGAAGAAAUGCGCUCGAAGGGCUACACAGUUAUUGCAGCAGAACAAACCACUGACAGCACUGUUCUGCUCCUUGGAGAUGAGAAGGAAGGUGUUCCAGUAAAUCUGUUACGGUGUGUUAAUCAAACUGUGGAAAUUCAGCAGCUCGGCCAGACUCGAAGCCUCAACGUUCAUGUGUCUGCUGCGCUGUUCAUAGCGAAAUAUGCAGAGCAAAUCCUUUUAUGUUGA